CUUCCUCCUCCUCCUCCUCCUCCUCCUCCUGCGGCUGCUGCCGCUUUUAUCGCGUCAUAUCUACGCUGCCACCGUGUCCGGGUAGCUGUAAUCGUUGACAUUUGAUUUCCUGUCCCUCAUUAUGCAGGUGAAGAUGUAAUAGCAGCUCACGACAGACGGGAUGAGCUCAGGUUGACAGGAUGAAUGGGAUCUUGUUCCCGUCAUUUCUUUGUAAAUUAAAAUUAGAAAAGCAAUGAAAUCCUACAACAGUGAGAUUUUCUUUUGCGCCUUGAAGCAGGACGCCGUUUCCACCUUUAACGGGCCUGCCUGCGCCUCACAGUCUGACUCAAACCCGACUUUGUUCAUCUGUGCGUCAUGACGCUGCUGCGGCGCUCUGAUUGGUGUCUGGCGCAGAAGACAACAGCAGCAGUGCAAUAAGAAACUGACCGUGGCGUGAGGACACUGAAAAACGUCCGCUGCGUGACACCAGGCAGCUGGUGAGCAGAGCGCCACCGAGGCGCUCUGCUCAUCAGCACGUCUCUACACACGCCAUGACUAAAGUUUCUGAAAUUGUCUUGCAGACACUGUAAUUUGCAUCAGCACUAAUAGAGAAAUCGCAAUCUGUUGAGAUUCCCCCACCUCUUUGGUUUGCCUCUACUUUCUAAUCUAAGCUCGGUGCGCACUGGGGCGCGCCUCGCGUUUCCCCUGUCCCUGCCCCCGUCCUCCUCCCUUGCUUGACUGGAUCACCUGUGCGCAAAGAUGCCGCGCUCCUUCCUGGUGAAGAGCAAGAAGGCGCACAGCUACCACCAACCACGGACUUUGGAGGAUGAUUACAGCAAGCUGGACACCAUCCUAGCGCACAUAUGCUCAGAUGCCGAUAAGCUCCCGGAGGAGGACGCCGACCUGUCGGCGGACCGGUACGGCCUCUCUCCGGCCUCCCACCCGGGCGACGCUGCUGACUUCUCCCCCAGGUCUCCGCUGAGCUGCGCCGACAGUUUCUGCGCUCGCUCCACGGAUUAUGAGGAUUUCUGGCGGCCCCCGUCUCCAUCCGCGUCCCCUGUUGACUCAGAGAAAUCGCUGUCUCCUCUGGAUGAAGCCCAGCCCUUCACUGUCUCUUUCCGGCCGUAUGCCUGGAGCAGCUACCCGGGCCAGGGGCUGGAGCUGCAGAGGCCCCUGGCGCAGCGCAGCCUGCAUGCCGGCCUGGAGGUGGACACAAGCCCGGCGGUGAUGGCGCUCUACGCGGACAGGAGCAGCCGCCCGGCUGUGUUUGGAGAGCGGGCUCUGGCAGAGGAGCCCUACGCGGACUACAGGAGGCACGCUGGCGCGCUGCUGUUCCCUGAGGCGGCCCUGCACGGGAAGGCUCCCGAUGGGAAGGCCCGGCCUGACCUGCUCUGUCCCAGCCUCAUUCUGAACGGGGCUUACAAGUGCGUCAAGUGCGGGAAGGUGUUUUCCACCCCACACGGCUUGGAGGUGCACGUCCGCAGAUCGCACAGCGGCACGAGGCCCUUCGCCUGCGACAUGUGCGGCAAAACGUUCGGCCACGCCGUGAGCCUGGAGCAACACAAGGCCGUGCACUCACAGGAGAGAAGCUUCGACUGCAAAAUUUGCGGCAAAAGUUUUAAGCGCUCCUCCACGCUCUCCACGCACCUGCUCAUCCACUCGGACACGCGGCCCUACCCGUGCCAGUACUGCGGGAAGAGGUUCCACCAGAAGUCCGACAUGAAGAAGCACACCUUCAUCCACACAGGCGAGAAGCCGCACAAAUGUCAGGUUUGCGGGAAGGCGUUCAGCCAGAGCUCCAACCUAAUCACGCACAGCAGGAAGCACACCGGAUAUAAGCCGUUCGCCUGCGACCUGUGCGGGAAAGGCUUCCAGAGGAAAGUGGACCUGAGGAGACACAAAGAGACGCAGCACGGACUGAAAUGAGCCGGAGGACAGCUGCAGAACCUGGACGCUGCUUUAUGGGCCCCCAUCUCCCCCUGGAAACGCAGGGGGCCAACCUGGACAGCAACGGAGGAAGAAAACAGCGUUUCUUCUGGAUCAAGAUACACACUGUUCCAUUCUCGAUUUAAAACAAAAACAACCAGAAAGAUCUGAGUCCCGUCAACGUAGUUUUUGUUCUAAUUUUAAUUUGUAUUAUUUAUGGCUGCAGUGAAAAGACCUGAGCAACACUAAUGACAGAAUCCUUCCGCGCAUUUCUUUUCGUCUUUUUUUUUUCUUUUUUAAAUAAACAGGCCCCAGAAAAGCCAAAGAUAAGCUGUGGACUGCGGAGAGAAAAUAAGAAGAAAAAUGGCAGAUGUGUUCAGAUAAAGCAUGAUUGAAAUAACUGUGUUAAACAGACAAUAAAAGCACCUGAUAAGGAUCUGCGCUUUCUGCUGAGGCUGGAGGUGUUGUUGUCUCCAGCUGGCAGAGAUGUGGGUAAACCGAG